AUGCGUCGAAAUAAAACCUCACAAGAUAAGCAAGAUGUAGUGGAGGAGGUGAAUGAGGUUGAGAAGGUUGAUUCUCAACAAAAAGAAGAGAUAAUGCAAGCACCACCACCUGAAAGUAAAGAACAAAUUGAGAAGAACCUAGUUGUGGAUCAUGCUAGAAAGCCUAAAACAGUUGAGGAUUUCUUUUUGGAACGUCCAUCAUUAUUAACAUUUGAAGAGUCGGAUUCUGAAGACGAAUUGGAUUUAAAGAAGAAGAAGAAAGUUAGCUUUGAUGGAUUUAUGAAUUUGACAAUAAUUUUUCUUGUUGCAGCAGUGAUAAGAACAAUGAUUGAUAAUUUAUCAGAGAGAGGUUUAUUAUUUCCGAAUCUGGGUUUAUUACAUUGUAUAAGUGAUGAGUUAAUUCAAAGAUCUUGUGUUGAUGUAUUAAUAUUUACAUUGACUUAUAAUUCUGUAAUUUAUUUGAAUAGUUCUUUGAGAAUGUAUUUAUUGCCACUUAUUGGAAAAGAUGGAUCAAUUGUCGACAAGUUAAUAACAAUUAUUGAGACAUUGGUGUUUUAUGGAUCUACAUUUUCAUAUAUUGGAAUAUUUGUAGUGGCAAUUUUCAUCAAGAGACUGUCAUUGAUGGUGAAUAUUGUAAUCGUUUUCACAAUGAUGAUCUAUGGAAUGAAAGCAUACAGUUAUUAUGAUUAUAUUAGAAGAAGAAAGUUUACUUUGAAGAAGGAAGGAAAGAGUGUAAAUAGCGACGAUGAAAGAAAUAUUGAAAAACCAACAUCUCCAAUUUCUCUCUUCAGGGAGUAUUGCUACUUUUUAUUUGCUCCAACAUUGUGCUUUUUUAGGAGUUAUCCAAUGACCAAUACCAUUCGAAUUUCUUUCAUUCUAAAACAGGUUUUCAGUAUUCUUAUCUGUGGACUUGUAGGAUGGUUUAUAUUUAUUCAGUAUUUGGAACCACUUUUUAGAAAUAGUGCCAGUGUUGAUCUUACUCCUCCAAGUAUUGAGCAUCUGAUCACAUUGUUUGAGGAAAACAAAAACAGCUCAACACAGAACAUUAUUGAUGCAUUUAGAGGAUCUAAAUCUGAUCAACACUUUCUUAAUAAUUUAGGAAAAUUUGGAUACUUGCUCCUCAAAACCAGUGUGCCUUGGUUUGUUUUGUGGUUGAUUCUCAGUUUUGCAUUCUUCCACUGCUAUCUCAAUAUUCUUGCUGAAUUAUGUUGUUGGGGUGAUAGAUAUUUUUUCAAUGAUUGGUGGAAUGCUCCAGAUUUUCAAACAUUCUGGAAGAAUUGGAAUAGACCUGUACAUCAAUGGCUCCUUCGUCACGUUUAUCAACCUUCUCUCGGUUCUAAUAUUUCCAAGCCAAUUUCUGUAUUCUUUACCUUCUUGACAUCAGCAAUUCUUCAUGAAAUCUGUAUGGCCAUGGUGUUCAGAAGCUUGAAACUAUACUUUUUCUAUGCAAUGAUUGUACAAGCUCCAUUUGUGUUACUUGCUCAAUAUUUUGGUCAAUACAAGCCAAGAAAAGAGAAAAAGGAUAAACAAAAGGAGUCAGGAAUGAAGAAAGUUCCAUCACUUUUGCAGCUUCCAGCAAAAGCUGAAGAAAAAUUCAAAGAACUUGAAAGAAGAAUAUUGGAAUUUAAAUCUGAUGUUGAAAAGAAAUUGAAAUCAAGAAAAAGCAAGAACUUUUUAAAUAGACUUGGUAAUACUUCAAUGUGGAUAUCACUAUUCCUUGGUCAACCAUUACUAUGCUUUGCUUACUUCCAAGUUUUUUAUAGCUCUGAAAGUAUGAUUUGUGAUGUAAGAAAUAACAAGUAUGGAUAUGGAUUGGUAUUUGAUAGAUGGUCUGAUUCCUUCUCCAACGGAACCAUUUCAAAUAUUGGUAAUAGACUCAUUGAUGGAGAAUGGAAAAUAAUAUUGGAUCAAUUAUUUUCCAUUGUUACAGCAGCUUUGUUGUAAAUAAUUUAAUAUAAUAAUUUAAUUGG